AUGGCUUCCUUUGUACCCGCGGAAAUUCUUCUCAAAAUCUUCUCUUAUCUACCUGUGCAAUCAGCAAUAGACCUAGCCACUGUAUCAGAUCUUCCAAGUUCCCAACCCUUUUCAUGCUCGCCAUUGCCAUUACCUCUACAGCGUCACUUGCCUCACUUGACGGAUUUAUUUUCCUGUAUGCUGGUAAAUCACUACUGGUGUCAGAACGUAGUCACUUUUAUCUGGAGAGCACCAUUCCAUGGAUUGUCGAUUCCAACGGAUAGGGUAUUAGCUAGGCAGAUCGUUGGGGUUUAUAUGAGCUGUCUGGACGAAGAAGAUCGAAAUACCGUUUCGCAGCUUGGUCUAGCUAUGCCAAAGAGGAAAGCACUGUUCAAGUAUUGCACAUUUCUGAAAGAGUUGGAUUAUUGCGCUAUGGUUUUGGGAGUCGGAACUUGGAUAGAGCAUGCGACAGUACCGCUGGCAAAGAGUGUAAAGCAAGGACGGUUUGGCUACAGGGAUGGACCUGUAGGUUAUGAUGUCAAUGACGAUGAGGAUGAACUUACUCGCGCAUUGGCAUCGUUAUCGUUGUCUCAACCACCCGACACAACCCGUUCCAGGUUGUUUCGACCUACCGCCAGAAAACAUUCUAUUGUUUUAGGUGCGUUAUUGAGUUCGUUCGUUAAACAAAAGGUUAGGAUCAGAAAUUUGAUUAUUAGAUCAAGAGACACAGAAGAUUGGGAAAGCGAUUGUAGUGUAUAUGGUACCUUGUUAGCCGAGGAACAUAGGGAGUUACUUGCACCUUUGAGGGAGUUGAGAGUUUUAUAUAAUGGAUUCGUAAAUGCUUCGCGCGAAAAAUUAUUCAUGGGACUGUCGACAGCUUGUAAAAAUCUGAAACAUAUUCGUAUAAAUAUAGGAUAUACAGGACAUGGGUCUGUUCGUGCUAGAGAAGCAAAAUGCAUAACUGCCUUGAUUAGAUCGCAAAAUGCUCUUAAUUCUUUCUACCUCGGUGAAUGCCCACCGAGACUUGUAUCUAUAAUAGAACCCGCUCUUUCAUCCCAAUCGGAGAGUCUUAUGUAUGUAGUGUUUGCGUACGUUGAUUUUGUAGGGUCUCCGUUGACUGCACUUGCUGAGUGUCUCGAAUUGAAAAUGCUAAAGAUCAUGUACUGUAAAAGUGCAUCGACGGAAGUAUUUGGACAUGUGAUGAAGGCAGAUUUUCAUAAAUUACGAGACGUACGGAUAAUUGGUUGGGCUGAGCCAAAGUUACAAUAUUGGGCGACUUCUGUGAGAAACAAGGGGAGUAUAUUUUAUGGUUCUGGUUCAAAAUCGAUUCAUCAAGAAUCCCGUAAAUAUAUCGAACUUCCUCCAUAUAUGUCUACAAUAUCCCCAUUUACCAUGCCAUAUUCCUACAACGGAUAA